AUGUCGCCCAUUGCAGAACCGGAUUUGGCCCAAGCCGUGCCAUUGCCACAGCCAGGCAAGGCCCAAUCUCCACCAACCCAUCCUGGCCUGAUACACGUGUAUCGCAGCGAUAAGGCCUUUUGCUCAGGGGCUAUCUCUCUCGUUUCGCUCCCUCCCGGCUCCCUGUUCGCACGCAUCGAGAGCGAUGUCAUCACAACUGUCCCUGCACGGCGUUACACGACCGUCCAACGUGAUCGCACUACACACAUUGAGCUUAAUUCCGACCUUGUGUACUGCAAUCACUCCUGUAACCCCACCGUUGUGUUUGACAUGGGCAAAAUGGAGGUGCGUGUGGUGGACGACAAACCGUUGAAGAGCGGUGAUCCGGUGACAUUUUUCUAUCCCUCGACAGAAUGGGAAAUGGACCAACCGUUUGACUGUACUUGUGGCAGCCCAAAAUGUCAGAAGAAAAUCGCGGGAGCAAAACACAUGGAGAGGAGCGUCUUGGACGAAUACUGGUUAAAUGAGCAUGUGGUGGAUCUGUUGAAGCAGGAUGGCCGAUGA